GACCCAGACAACACCGGUUUCAUCGCAGUGGAGAACUUCACCAGUUUGGUGGAGCACCAUGAGCUGCAGCUGGACCCUUCCAAACUGGACAUGCUGUUCGCCCUGGUGCAGAGCAACGAGGAUGGACAGGUGUGCUACCAGGAGCUCAUUGAGCUGAUGAGCAGCAAGCGCUCCAGCAGUUUCCGACGGGCCAUCGCCAAUGGCCGCCGUACGCUGCAGCGAGAGAUCCUAUUGGAUGAGACGGGCCUGGGUGUGUACAAGCGCUUUGUGCGCUACGUGGCCUAUGAGAUCCUGCCCUGCGAGACAGACCGGCGCUGGUACUUCCACCAGAACCGCCUUUGUCCCCCGCCCAUAUUCAUGGCUAUCAUUACCAUUGUCCAGAUCAUCGUGUUCAUGUGUUAUGGCAUCAUGCUGAAUAAGUGGGUGCUGCAGACGUACCAGCCAGACUUCAUGAAGAGCCCCCUGGUGUACCACCCCAGACACCGCCACCAGGUCUGGCGCUUCUUCAGCUACAUGUUCAUGCACGUUGGGUUGGAACAGCUGGGGUUCAACGCUCUGCUCCAGCUGAUGAUCGGCGUUCCCUUGGAGAUGGUCCACGGCAUCCUACGCAUCAGUCUGCUGUACAUGGCCGGUGUUGUGGCAGGUUCCUUGACGGUGUCCAUCACAGACAUGCGUGCUCCAGUGGUGGGGGGCUCCGGUGGGGUCUAUGCUCUGUGCUCGGCGCAUCUGGCCAACGUCGUCAUGAACUGGGCCGGCAUGCGUUGUCCAUACAAGCUCCUCCGCAUGAUUCUUGCGCUGGUGUGCAUGAGUUCGGAGGUGGGCCGUGCAGUGUGGCUGCGCUUCUCCCCGCCCUUGCCCUCCUCAGGGCCCCAGCCCAGCUUCAUGGCCCACCUGUCGGGGGCGGUGGUAGGCAUCAGCAUGGGCCUGCUCAUCCUGCGCAGCUAUGAAGAGAGCUUGCAGAAGCAGUGCUCCUGGUGGGUCAUCGUCUUCUCCUUCAUCACGUUCCUUCUCUUUGCCAUCUUCUGGAACAUCUUCGCCUACGAGCUGCUAGGGGUGCAGCUCCCGCCCGCUCCCUGACACCAAGAAGCUCCCUCCCACUCCAUUACAUUGUCCCUCUCAUUGCCAUAUGUCAAGACCCAUCCACUUUACCAUAUCCUUUUCCUGUUCCCUCAGCCAACCUCCCAACAACACCAUUCAAAACACAAUAUGUUUUUUCAUUUAAAACUGUACAGGGCAGGAAUUAUUCUUUCCAUGUACCCAUAUCAUCAAAAAAUGAUAUCUGUUUUGUGGUGGGAUGGAAUUUGGUAGCAACAUAUGCAGGUGAAACCUGUGUAGCUCUCUUCAUAUCCUCAUUGUGGAGCAGCUAUGUAAAAAGGGAAUCCCUUUUGUCUUUUGUGUUGAAGCUUUACCCACCUCAAGGUGGAACCUGUCAGUCAGCCAUUUUGAUUAAUACCCAUGCAGCUUCAGAUCUCCUGUGUUCAGAGUGGGUUCAUGACCCUCUAGGUGCUUCUUACUGGACAGGUGUGUGUUCUGUCAGUAUCCCUCACUGCCCCUUUUAAAGCCAUGAGGCAGUAGGGAACCAGUGUUCUAUUGCUCAACAUGCACCUAAACACAAGAUCUACACUGUGGAAUAAUAAUAGGAAUUCACAGGAAUAGAUAUUACAUGUAACAAGGCAUGCAGCUAGGAAGUAUAGAGGUGGAAAAGACAAGAGGGGAGAGGGAAAAAAAUUAAAUGCUGAAACUGUGACAUCCUUUCUCCUCACUGUCACCACCGUGGUGCUCAUGUCCCUAGUAGCCAUUGUCACUCUCCUUUUCCACCCAACCUAAAUGCUUCAGCAGGUUAGCAUAAUCUCUACCAGUACCAUAUGCUAACCUGCUAAGCACCAGCAUCUCAUCUAGCUAAUGCUAUAAGGUCGUAACUAAAACGCUUGCCCUGUGCACCCUGGACACACCAGCCCUCACCCUUCUGUGUUGCCGUCUCCAAGAACAACCACUGCCUGAUGCUGUAAGUCGGUAUGGGAACGCAAAGAGAGAGAUGCACACACUGGCCUCUGUCAAUUCUCACUCUAACACACUGAACUGGGGAGGGCAACGGACAUGUUAUCAUCGCCUGACCUCUGACCUCUGUCCCAGCGGGCUUUGGGGUCGGUCUGUCAAGGCCCAGUCUAUACCUCAGUGUCUCAUUCUUAGGGACUGUACACUUUUGUAAAGGAAUGUAAGCAUCAAAAAAAGUAUUCAUAAUUUAUUUCUGUUUUUCCUUUGAUAGUGGAUGUGGAUAUUAUAUGUUCAUAAUUUAAGAGUAUAUUUAACGGUGCAGACUUAAUGCUAUGAUUGUUCUUAUGAUUACUCUUACAAUACAGCUUUGAUCCUCUGAAAAUAGUCAGCGAGCAGAAAUCCCUGGUUACUAUGACGAAUGAACACCAAUGACGCAAGUUACACUCGUCUUUAUAAAUCUUAGUGCUCUAAAGAAUAAGCCAUAAAAGAACCAAUUCAACAUAGACAUGGAAAACAAAGGAUGAGUAAAAACAGUCAGUGCCUGAUUUCUGGUAUAUGCUUUGGUGAAUGUUUCUGCCAUGUAGUCGUCAUUAUUAAGGUCAAAGCUGAUCAAAUAUUGAAUAUGUUAUGUGGUAAAUGAAAGACAGGAUGACAAAGCCAAACUCUUUGUGCAAGAACAUGCUUGAGAAAUGCUGGACUGUUAAACAUGAAAUAUUUGUUGUUAAACACAUCUUAACAACUUGGUUGACCGAUAGAAUAUUCAGACACAGCAUUACUGUAUGAUAGACAGAUUCCAAAUCACCCCAGUGUGGUGAUGCCUGACUAGUCUUUUUGGGUUAAUGACACAUUUUGGAUAGAGUAACAUGCCCCAAAUUAGCUCAUUGUCUGAACCAAGCAUUUUCUAAACUUGAUAUUAAUCUUUUUUUUCAGUUUGUAAGUUAAUUCAUGUGAAAGGUUUCUUCUGACUGCUUUAGAGAAGUUUUAGUUUCCAAUGUUGACAGUUGGUCUCAGACAUAAUCCUCAGCAUACAUGAUUGUCACUGACAGAUGAUACUCGUAAACUAUAGAAUCCAUCGGACAUUAACACAGAAAAGGCAAAGGGGCCUACAUAUGGGCUAGAAACUAAGUAUUGGUAAAACUGUUAAUAGGAGUAGGAACCUUCCCGAAAAUGAAAACUAAACGACUAAAGGGGAUGAUAAAAGCUGAAGUACAAGGUACAAGCUUCCAUUUCCCCACCCUUAAAAACACACCCAGGUCUCCGUUAAGUUAUUUGUCAACCGGUUGUUCUUGAAUGAAUGUGUGAUCAGUCUCAAAUAAGUCUCCAAUUCUGUAUUCAUAGACAUGUUUAUUUUUUCUUUCUUUUCACCAUGGCGUAUGAGACAGCCGUCGGAGGAAUUAAGAAGUGCAUAUAUCUUAAUUAAGCAGGCAGAGAAGUCGACGGGAGUAGUCUAUUACCCGUCUGUAAGCCAAAUUACUUCACCUUGGGCUGCAUCCAAACACGGCAGUACUAACAACACAUCUUCUACAAAAGCCAAUCCAAUCCCACUCUCCUUUUGGCUGAGAUGUCUCUGCUUUGUCCAGACAUCCGAGGAUCUGGGGGGAGAGGCAUAAAUGCUGUGAUGAAGGAGCAAGUGUCAUCUACAGGCUGACAUAUGUUUAGAUGGUGCCAAUGUGUGUCUCCAAUGCUUUAGAUGGUGCCAUGUGUGUGUCUGUGAGCGAUGGCGGGAGAGGGGGAACAGAGGAGGAGGAUUGGAGAUGGCACCACUCAUAAAACACCAUUGGGGUCAAAGCAAGUGUGUGUGCCUUCAUAUCUUGUCUUAUACCCAUCACAAUGCCUCGGGCGUCAGAAAUGAUGUAUGGCUGUUACGUGGGGCUCUGUUCUACCAGGACCCGGGGCUCCACCACUGUAAACAUGAUCUAUUUUUCUUUAAGUAGAUGUGAAAGGCUGCAUGAUGUUGAUUUAAUUGCUGUCUUUUAUGUGACAUAUUUGUUUUCAUCGACAUAGGGGGGCCUGGUGAAGAAUAGGAUGAGCAGGAUAGGGGCCAGCCAACCAUACCAUGUGAUCCAUUAUAUAAAUGAUGCUCUAUUGAUUAGAACCCCAUCACCACCUCUUUAGUGAGUGGUCUACUGACCACGCCCCUCCCCCUUCACAUUCACUAUAUAUAAACAAAGCUAUGCGGACACCCCUUCAAAUUAGGGGAUUCAGCUAUUUCAGCCAUACCCAUUGAUGACAGGUGUAUAAAAUUGAAC